GACGUCUUGGGGACGCCGCGCUAUGAGUGAGGAGGGUCAACCGCAAUGAGUGGUUUUCUGUGUCGGUCGGCGGGGUGAGUCUCGCUAAGGGGGCGGGGGAGUCCCUGCCAGCUGCAUCUGCUCCACCGGAGCCGGCUCUUUGUACCGGAGUUAGGGAAGGGAGGGGAAGGGAGCGAUGCGGGUGGCACCUGGGUGGCUCACUGGUUUCUUUCUCAGGAGUCGCCGGGCACUGAACCUCGUGCCUUGGGCUUCGCGGAACUUGCUUCCUCCGGUCGGAGCCAGGGCCAAGAACGGGGUUGCGGAAGAGGAGGAUGAGCUAGAUCGACCUAUCCACUUCUCCUCCAGCAAGGCGAACCCGCGUCGUUGGACCGUGGAGCACUCCCUGGGCAGCGACAGUCGCCGGCCCUGGUGGAAGGUCGUACCCUUGAGCAUCUCCCUUAUCACGCUGAUCUUUUGGUGCUUCUUAAGGAAGGAGACGGAUGUCGAUCGGUGGCUGACUAAAGGCUUGGAAGAGCGGUGGCCAGAAGCAGAUGUCGAUUCUGAGCAGCCUGGAAGCCAGGCUGGCCUGAUUACUAGGACUUGAUUAAGGGCGUUCCAGACACUUAGACAGGUCUACCUCUGCCACCAAAUUCCUAUGUGACUUUUGUCAGAUCGCUUCCUCAUUUGGGCCUCUAUUUUCUUCUUUGUAAAAUGAAGGGGUUGGAGCAAAUGGAUCAUCAAAUCCCCAUCAGAGACUUUCAGCUCCUCUGGGAUUUAUAACAUCCAUGUUUUUCUUUUUGGAUUAUUAGUGGAAUUUCAGCCUAGGAGGACAUGCUGGAUGUUGUUUGAAACAUAGUUGUCUUCUUAGAGGGCAAAUUCAGUGACUGCAAUAUACCAUCAAGGGAAGACAGAAACUGCCUUUUGGCUCACCUAAGCUUCCCAAUGAAAGUUUUGAAAGGGCUUCUCAGGCCCUUUAGAAAUGUUGGUAUUGAUCACUCUAGUAAUUAAUAACGGGUGCUUUUGAAUGCUUUGAGGUACAAAGUAUAUAGCAGAAUUGCCAGCUGGAUAUUCAUUUGCAUGAAAAUGCCGUCCAUUUUGUUUUUAUAAAACAAUGAAAAGAAACGUUACUUCUGUAGCAUUGAAAUAAAGUACAUAAUUUGCUUUUG